AUGCUUGGCAACCUCGACUUCAACCCGGAACUUGUUCCCCGCGUCAAGCUGGGCCUGCACGUCACCCAGUUCGUCCUCUCCUUCGUCAUCUGGGCCUUGGAGAUUGCGGUCUUCAGAGCCGAUAAUGCCAAAAUCGUGGGCAACAAUGGCUGGACUUUCGGAGUGUGCUUCCUCUCGCUUCCCGCAUGGAUUUAUCUGAUUAUGGCGCCGCGGUGGCCGAGAACGAGAAAACUGGCCAACCCGUACGCCAUGGUCAUUGUCGACGGUGUCUUUACUAUUUUCUGGCUCUCGGCCUUCGCCAGCCAGGCGGCCUACAACACGGCCAACCAGUGUGGUGAUGCUUGCAAACUCAGCAAGGCCAUCGUGGGCUUGGGAGUUUUUGUGACACUCUUCUUUGCCGGCUCUACCUUUGUCAGCCUGUACACCCUCAAGUACUACCAGUUCCACGGAACUCUCCCCGGCUACGACAAGCAGAAGCUUGGCGGCGACAACAUCGACCCCGACAAGGCUGCUUUCUCCAUGGCUCCCCACGACGAGGAGGCUUACGCGCCUGUCCAGAUGGACGAUCACAACGAUGACAACACGACCCUCUACGGCGGCACUAAUGCCCCCGUUGGAGGCUACAACAACUCCAGCUACAACAGCCGCUACGGAGGUGCUUCCGCCUACGGCCCCGAGGACGACGACCCGAACCGUUACGGCUCCCUGCCCUCGCGCCAGAAUGGCGCCAUGUUCGACAGCGAGACCGAGUACCAUUCCCAGCAGCCCAGCGUCACUCCUGCGGCGGUACAGCCCUACACGGCGCCCCAGCCCUACACGGCGCCCCAGCCCUACGCAGCCCCCGAGCCGUACGCGGCACCCGCCUACGACGAUGACCGGCCGGCGCAGUUUCCCACUGCCAACUACGAUCGCACGAUGCAUUAA